AUGGGUUCGAGCUCCGGUGGGAACAUCGUCUACAGCGUCGCGUUACGCGUCGUGGACAAAGAUCUCUCUCCCGUCAAGAUCCAAGGGCUGAUAAUGAACCAAGCUUUCUUCGGCGGCGUGGAGACUUCGGACUCGGAGUCGCGUCUUAGAGACGACAGGAUCUGUCCGUUGGCUGCGACUCACUUGCUUUGGUCUCUUUGUUUGCCCGACGGUGUGGAUCGUGACCACGUGUACAGUAACCCGGUUAAGAGCAGUGGGGGAGAGGAGAGAGAGAGGAUGGGACGGUUUCCGUCGACUCUUGUUAACGGUUACGGUGGUGAUCCGUUGGUUGAUCGGCAGAGAGAGGUGGCGGAGAUGUUGAAGGCACGUGGUGUGCACGUGGAGACGAGGUUUGAUAAAGAUGGGUUUCAUGCGUGUGAGUUGUUUGAUGAGGGGAAAGCCAAGGCUUUGUAUGACACUGUCGAGGCUUUUAUGAAGAGUUGUUCACCCUCCUCCAACAUGUAG